GGGGUAGUCUGAGUCCUGGGCGUCAGCCCGGUGCGCUCGCGGGGCCCGCCGGCGGGGACUGGACGCGGGGGCCGCCCGGGCGCUCAGGCCCGGGUCUCCGGGAAGGAGCCGGUCGCGCCGGGGCCCUGCGUUUCUUGUUUCCGACGUGCCGAAGGGCAUGUCUGUCUUCUGAAAGCUGGGUUACAAAGCAAACUUUUGCAAAAAGUCCAGGAUUUUGAUGGAUAAUCAAGGAACACCGAUGACUGUGGGAGUCUUUGCAAAUUGUACUUUCUGUUUGAAAGUAAAGCACUUACCUGGUCAACAGAAGAAAAAGUUACAAACUGACAUUAAGGAAAAUGGUGGAAAUGUUUCCUUUUUAUUAAAUCCACAGUGUACACAUAUAAUCUUAGACAAUGCUGAUGUUCUCAGUCAGUACCAACUGAAGUCUAUCCAAAAGAACCAUAUCCAGAUUGCAAACCUGGAUUUUAUAUGGGAAUCUAUCAAAGAAGGGAGACUCUUGGACGUAAAGAAUUACAAUCCUAACAAGUCACUGGACACCACACUACCUCCUUAUCAAGAGACAAGCAGUUCUGAAGUGAAAACAGACAAGCCAAGCCUGGACAAUGCCACAGAGAAAGAAAACAUCGUGAAACUUACUAAGUUUUAUACGGAGAAUGUUGAAAUUCCUCAUUUUCCUCAAGAUUUUGAAGUUGCAAAAUAUAAUAUCUUGGAAAAAAUGGGGACAGAGGGAGGUCGAGAAAUUGCAGUGGUGGAAUUGCAGUGCUCCCAGGACCCCGGAUACCCAGGCUUCCUCAUAGUCGCACACUUCCUCCCAGAUGGUGGCACUGAGCCUAGAAAGCAGUUCUCUGUAAAGCAAACCUCUGAAGAUGCAAGUGAGUACUAUGAAAAUUACCUUGAAGAACUGAAGAAACAAGGAUUCCUACUAAGGGAAUUGUUUACCCCUGAAGCCACCCAAUUAGCAUCUGAAAAAUUGCAAGCAUUGCUUUUGGAGGAGGUAAUACAUUCAAGCACUCUGAGCCAAGAGGUGAGCGAUUUAGUGGAGAUGAUUUGGGCAGAGGCUCUCGGCCACCUGGAGCACACGCUCCUGGAGUCCAUGAGCAGGAUCAGUCUUAACGAUGUAAGCAAGGCAGAGGGAAUUCUCCUCCUAGUAAAGGCAGCACUGAAAAGUGGAGAGACUGAAGAACAAUUGCAAAAGAUGAUGAGUGACUUCUACAGAUUAAUACCUCACAGAGGUAUAGCUACUGAAAAAGUUAGCCUGAGACUAUUAGCCAAGAAAGAGGACCUCUGCCAGCUAAUAAGAGACAUGGUUAAUGUCUGUGAAACUAAUCUGUCCAAACCCAACCCGCCAUUUCUUGCCAAAUACCGAGCUUUGAGAUGCAAGAUUGAACAUGUGGAACAGAACUCGGAGGAAUUUUUAAGAGUUAGAGAAGAGGUAUUGCAAAAUAAUUGCAGUAAAAGCCCAGUGGACAUCCUGCAGAUAUUUAGAGUUGGCAGAGUGAAUGAAACCACAGAGUUUUUGAGCCAGCUUGGCAACGUGAAGCCCUUGUUGCAUGGCUCUCCUGUGAGAAGCUUUGUGGGAAUCCUGUCCCGGGGGUUGCUUUUACCCAAAGUAGUUGAAGAUCGUGGUGUGAAAAGAACAGACAUUGGAAAUCUUGGGAGUGGAAUAUAUUUCAGCAAUUCACUCAGUACAAGCAUUAAGUACUCACACCCAGGAGAGACGGAUGGCACUAGGCUCCUGGUCAUGUGUGAUGUCGCCCUCGGGAAGUGCAUGGACUUACACAAGAAAGAUUUCUCCUUAACAGAAGCACCACCAGGUUAUGACAGUGUCCAUGGGGUUCCUGAAACAGCCACUGUCCCCACAGACUUCGAGGAUGAUGAAUUUGUUGUAUAUAAAACCAGUCAGGUUAAAAUGAAAUAUAUUAUUAAAUUUUGCAUACCUGGAGAUGAAGUAAAGGACUUUCAUCCUUGUAAUAAUAUUGAAUUAGAGGAACACACACCUGAGGUUUCAAACGUUGAAGAUUACCAGUUACCAGACACCAAACCUUUCAGCAGCAUCAAGGCUGGUCUCCAGGACACCUCUGGGAAUUCAGUUCCUCUUGAGGACCUGCACAUCAAGGGGAAAAUAAUAGACUUUGUAGCCCAGGUCAUUGUUUUUCAGACGUACACAAAUCAGAGCCCUGUAUCCAUUGAGGCAAAGUAUAUUUUUCCUUUGGAUGAUAAGGCAGCCGUAUGUGGUUUCCAAGCGUUCAUCAACGAGAAACACAUAGUGGGAGAGAUCAAAGAGAAGGAGGCUGCCCACCGAGAAUACCGAGAAGCCAUCAGUGAAGGCCAUGGCGCUUACCUGAUGGACCAGGAUGCACCUGAUGUCUUUACUGUAAGUGUUGGAAACUUACCCCCCAAGGCUAAGGUUCUUAUCAAAAUAACCUACAUCACGGAACUCAGCAUCCAAGGUACUGUGGCCGUCUUCUUCAUGCCCGCCACCGUCGCACCCUGGCAACAGGACAAAGCUUUGAACGAAAACACCCAGGAUACAGUGGAGAAGAUUUGUAUAAAGGAAAUAGGAACACAGCAAAGCUUCUCUCUGAGUAUGUCUAUUGAGAUGCCAUAUGUGAUUGAAUUCAUUUCUAGUGAUACACAUGAACUGAAAAAAAAGGUUACAGACUGCAAAGCUGUGAUUAGCACUGUGGACGGGAGCUCCUUAGACAGCAGUGGAUUUUCUCUCCACGUCGGUUUGUCUGAUGCAUAUCUCCCAAGAAUGUGGGUUGAAAAACAUCCAGAAAAAGAAAGCGAGGCCUGCAUGCUUGUUUUCCAUCCAGAUCUUGGCAUUGCCCACCCCGACAUAGCUGAGGAGAAUGAAGUGAUUAUUUGUCUCGACUGCUCCAGUUCCAUGGAGGGUGUGACAUUCUUGCAAGCCAAGCAAAUUGCCUUAUAUGCACUGUCCUUGGUGGGUGAGAAACAGAAGAUAAAUGUUGUCAAGUUUGGCUCAGGUUACAAGGAGUUAUUUUCAUUUCCAAAGUACAUCACAAGCAAUAAUAUGCCAGCUGAGUUCAUUAUGUCUGCCUCACCUACCAUGGGAAACACUGACUUCUGGAAAACACUCCGAUAUUUAAGUUUACUGCCCCCUUCUCGAGGGAUACGGAACAUCCUCCUCAUUUCUGAUGGUCACCUCCAGGAGGCGAGCCUGACUCUGCGGCUUGUGAAGAGGCAUGUGCAGCACACCCGGCUGUUCUCCUGCGGUGUCGGUUCCACAGCAAAUCGUCAUAUCUUAAGGACUCUGUCCCAGUGUGGUGCUGGACUAUUUGAAUAUUUUAACUCAAAAUCCAAACAUAGUUGGAAAAAACAGAUAGAAGACCAAAUGACUCGGUCACGAUCCCCGAGCUGCCACUCAAUCUCCGUGAAGUGGCAGCAGCUCAGUCCAGAUGCACCUGAGCCCCUGCAGGGCCCGGCCCAGGUGCAAGCCUUGUUCCACAAUGACCGGCUCCUGGUCUAUAGCUUUAUUCCUCAUUGUACUCAGGCAACUCUAUGUGCAUUAAUUCAAGAGAAAGAAUUUUCUGCAAUGGUAUCAACCACUGAACUACAGAAGACAACUGGAACUAUGAUUCACAAGCUGACAGCACGAGCUCUGAUCAGAGAUUAUGAAGAUGGCAUUCUCCACGAAAAUGAAACGAAUCAUGAGAUGAAGAAGCAAAUCUUAAAAUCUCUAAUUAUUCAACUCAGUAAAGAAAACUCUCUCAUAACAGAGUUUACAAGCUUUGUGGCAAUUGAGAAAAGGGAUGGUAAUGAGUCACCUUUUCCUAAUACUCCAAAUAUUUUGGAACUUAUUGCCAAAGAAGAUGUAGAUUUUCUGCCGUACAUGAGUUGGCAGGAAGAGCACCCAAACGCCAGCAUAUCACAGACUCUUUUAGCAUCCUCUGGAUGGGACGAAGAACUGCAACUUGAAUGUUUGACUAAAAAAAAAUAUAAAUCAUCUAAGCUGGAAGUUUUUAAAGGUUUUGGAGAGUGUAGCUUAGGUUUCCACAUACCAGAAAAAUCUUUAACACAGAAUUUUGAAUGUAGAGAUGUAGAAAGGCCAUUGGACUUAAGUCAGGUAGAUUCAUUUAAACACACAGAAAUUAAACCACAUUUUACAAAAGCCAGUUCACCUAAAGUGGCUCUUUCCAAAUCCUUUGCUGCCCCUGGUUCAACCAGUUCCCUAGCUGCUUCCUCUGUUGGUUCUGCUUUCCUCUAUCCUCGGAGCUCUCUUUUUGGUUCUCUUGCUAGUCCCAAACAGUUUGAUCCACCUAAUAAUGAACAAGGCCUUAAGACAGACUGUUGCCCUGGCGUUUCCCUUCAGUGGGGUUCUCCUCCCAGCCUGCCUUCCCACAACCUGCCUUUCGGAUCUUUUACUGGUUCUGCUUUCUCAGGUGUCCUAUUUAGCUGCAGACAGUCUGAUCUACCUACAAUGAAUGAAGGCCCUGAGCUCUGUCCUUUUACUGACAGUUCCCUUGAGUUGGACUCUCCCCCUCAGCAGAAUCCUUUGUUCUCUUUUCCUAGACUUCCUCCCCCUGGUCCAACCGGAGGGUCUAGCUUUCAUCUUCUUCCUGGUUCCUCUCCUCUUUAUUUUCCAAAUUCCUCAGCUCCCUUGAGCACCAGUUACAAGCAGCCAAUGCAUCAAAUUGGCUUUGCUCCCUAUGCUCCUCCAACAUGUGGGGCUUCUCCAUUAAAUAUUUCUGCAAGAACUGCAUCAUCAGAUUCUCUCCCACAUACAUAUUUGACUGGCUUAAGUUCUUUUGAAACAGAAAGUGAUGAAACACCAGGAUUUUUUGCAAGUAGGCUUUUUAAAAAGGUAGAAAAAUCUGAUAUAACAAGAAGAGACUUUCCUGCAAGCUUUCCGGUACUAAACGACGGGGAUGACAUAGACUGCAAAGAAAGCUGGAUGAAUUUUGUGCCUGGGACUGAACUCUUCAGUCUGCAAACCGAGGAUGGCUUCUGGAAACUUACACCAGCACUGGGACUUAUAUUAAAUCUGAAUACAACUAUUUUGAACAGUUUUCUUGUACAAAAAGGCAUUCGAUCUCUAGGUAUAAAAGGAAGAGAACGACUUCUGGACCUGAUUGCCACAUUUCUGGUAUUGCAGUUUCUUCGUACCAGGUUGGAACAAGCUGGAAUAGUCUUCAAAUCCCUGAUGAAAUUGGAUGACGCCUCAAUUUACAGGAAUAUUCCCUGGGCUUUUGAGAAAAUAAAGAAAGCAAGUGAAUGGGUUAGAAGAACUGAAGGACAGUAUCCAUCUAUCUGCCAACGGCUUGAAUUGGGUAAAGACUGGGACUGUGCCACUAAACAACUAUUGGGAAUCCAACCCAUGAAUACCACCUUUCCUCUUCAGGUUUCUUAAUUAUGGUCAAGGCUUAAUCAGAUGAAGCUGUAUUUUAAACUUUUUUUCAUGCUUCUAUCAAUAAAAUAAUAUUAAUAGAUACCUAUAAUGAAAUUUAAUUAUGAUUUUAUCAAAUGUAGCAAUGUCCCUUAAAAAUAAAUGGAAGCAGAAUUGUUUUAAUGAACAAGCUAUAGUAAAAUAAAAAUUACAGUGUUAAGAU